AUGUCGCUGCCAGAGGGCCGGCACAAUCGUAUCUUGUUUGUGAAAAACUUGAACUACAAUAUACAUGGCGGGGAUCUGUAUGAGCUAUUUGGUCGUUAUGGCGCGAUUCGUCAGAUUCGACUAGGCACGUCACAGCAGACGCGCGGCACAGCUUUUGUUGUGUUUGAAGAGGCCAACGACGCGAAAAAUGCCAUUGCCAACUUGAAUGGUUUUCAUCUUAUGGAACGUUAUAUUGUUGUGUUGUAUCAUGUGCCAUCGCGCUUAUCGGGCAAGGGAUCCAUUGACCAACGCGAAGAGGAGCUGGCGAAGGCUAAGCAACAAUUUGGCAUCCAUGACGAAUCAUGA